UAUUUUCUGUCUCUAUAGAACUAGAGAAAACCCCAAAAGUAACUCUACUUGGAAAACCAACAAUGACUGAAACUUCUUCAUCAACAGCAGCAAUGGCAAAAUCAGAUGAAGAUAGAGAAGAAAUAUUGGAUCGAAUGUUAACACGUUUAGCUUUUACAGAUGAUGAUAAACUCGAUAACUUACUUUUCAAGCUUCUUCCUUACUCUAUUUCUUCACUUAGUUCUCAAUCUCCAGCGGUUCGGAAAAAGGUUAUGGAGAUAUUGACUCAUGUGAACAAACGAGUGAAGAACCAGCUUCAGAUUAGUUUGCCUGUGUCAGAAUUGUGGAAGAUGUAUAUAGAAGCUAAUGCCGCUCCCAUGGUGAAGAAUUUCUGCGUUGUAUAUAUUGAGAUGGCAUUUGAUCGCUUGUCUUUAGAGGAGAAAGAGAUUAUGGCGCCUGAGCUGGUUGCUAAAAUCUCAAAGCUGCCUCCUCAACACCAGGAUAUAAUACUUAGAAUCGUUGCUAAGGUCAUUGGAGAAUGCCAUUCAGUUCGAGUUAAAGAGGAAGUUACUGCAAAAUAUCGAUUGAUGAAUGAGCCUCAGGAUGUCCAGCUUUUUCUUGAUUUUUGCCUUCAUACUGUUUUGUAUCAGCCAUCAUCUCAAGGAGUGCGGUGCCCACCAGGGCUUUCUACUGCUCAGUCAGAUCGCAUUUCUGGGAAAAAUCCAUUAAAAGGUGAUGCACUCUUAAAGCAAAAGUUGGGUAUCUUGCACGUGGUUGAAGCUCUGGAGCUAUCUUCUGAACUUGUCUAUGUUAUUUAUUUGGCUGCUUGUUCAGACAGCUAUGAGCCCGUCAUUAAGAGAGGGGAGGAACUUUUAAAAAGAAAGGCAGCUGAUGCCAACUUGGAAGACCCGCAACUGAUAAACAAACUCUUUUUGCUAUUUAAUGGUACUGUCGGGGUUGAGAGUGUUGCUCUAGAAGCGAGGGUCAUUCCUGGGAACUCUACUUUGAGACUUCGCUUAAUGUCUGUAUUUUGCCGCUCAAUUAAAGCAGCAAAUUCUUUUCCAGCCACUCUGCAGUGCAUUUUUGGGUGCAUAUUUGGAAAUGGGACAAAUUCAAGGUUGAAGCAGUUAGGGAUGGAAUUCACAGUCUGGGUGUUUAAACAUGCAAUUAUGGAUCAGCUCAAACUUGUGGGCCCUGUUAUUCUUAAUGGGAUAUUGAGGUCCCUUGAUGGUUAUUCCAAUACAGAAUCAGAUGUUGUUGCUAAGGAUGUCAAAAUCUUUUCCUUUCAAGCAAUUGGAUUGCUCUCACAGCGUAUGCCUCAACUUUUCAGAGAUAAGAUAGACAUGGCUGUUCGGCUUUUUGAUGCUUUGAAAAUUGAGGAUCAGUCUCUUCGUCUCACUAUUCAGGAAGCAACCAAUUGCUUAGCUAUAGCUUAUAAGGGAGCCUCCUCGACCAUCUUGAAGGAUCUGGAGACACUAUUACUGAAAAACUCUCAAGUGGAACAAAGUGAAGUACGCUUUUGUGCUGUUAGGUGGGCGACAUCUUUAUUCGGUCUGGAUCAUUGUCCCAGUCGGUUCAUCUGUAUGGUUGGAGCUGCCGAUCCUAAGAUGGAUAUAAGGGAAAUGGCACUUGAAGGUCUCUUUCCUAUGAAAGAUGAAGGAAAAUCUAUAAGCAAAACUACCAACCUUAGAUAUCCUAAGACCACGGAUAUGCUAGAAUAUAUUUGCAAUCAGCAGCCGAAGUUAUUGGACCCCUCUCAAAUGAGGGAAGGCGAACUCCCUUUUCCAUCAAAGAUGUAUGUGGUUAUGAUUAGGUUUCUGUUGAAGUCCUUUGAGGCAGAUAUUGAACUGGAUAGUUCUGUACGUGGAACAUCUGAGUAUCAGUUUUCUAUGCACAAGUUGUGUCUAUUACUGGAACAUGCUAUGGCAGUUGAAGGCUCUGCUGAGUUGCAUGCCACGGCAGCCAAAGGAUUGGUUUCUGUUGCCUCCAGCACGCCAGAGAUGGUCGCAUCAUGCGAUGCAGAGAAAGUUUCGUGGCUGAAGAAGUUAUUGGGUCAUGUGGACUCUGAUACUCGUGAAUCUGCAGCACGAUUGCUAGGGAUAGCUUGUUCUUCUCUUUCUACACCGACAACAUCUGCUCUUAUUUCAGAACUCGACUCCUCAAUAAGUGGGGUAAAAAAAUUUGAGAAUCACCAUGGAGCAUUGUGUGCAAUUGGAUUUAUUACUGCAGAGUGCAUGUCAGCAUCAGUCAGUAUUUCAGAAUCCUUGCUUCAAAAUACACUGAAUUGCUUGGUAGAUGUGGUUCAUUCUGAAACUGCAUCUUUGGCCUCCUUUGCAAUGCAAGCACUGGGUCAUAUUGGAUUGCGUGGUCCAAUGCCAGCACUUGUUCGGGACUCUGGUUCUGGUGAAAUUUUGGUGGUUUUGCAAGAGAAGUUGGCUAAGUUACUCGCUGGAGAGGAUAUCAAAGCAAUCCAGAGAACUGUGGUCUCUCUAGGGCAUGUUUCUGCAAAAGAAACAUCGUUUUCUUUUCUAAAGAUUGCCCUUGAUUUAAUAUUUAGUCUAUCUCGAUCAAAGGUUGAGGACAUACUCUUUGCAGCUGGUGAGGCUCUAUCGUUCUUGUGGGGCGGGGUGCCUGUAACAGCAGAUAUGAUUCUUAAAUCCAAUUAUACAUCCCUUUCUCUCAAUUCGAAGUUUCUCACGGUUGAUGGACCAUCAUAUCUUUCAACUGAUGCUUCUAAGGAAGAAGCCGAAGGGAAUGAAGAAUGCCAUGUUAUGGUCAGAGAUGUAAUAACUCGAAAGCUUUUUGAUGUGCUUUUAUACAGUAGCCGAAAAGAAGAGCGUUGUUCGGGAGCUGUCUGGUUAUUAUCACUGACUAUGUAUUGUGGACAGCAUCCAAAAAUUCAGCAACUGCUUCCUGAAAUUCAGGAAGCUUUUUCUCAUCUACUAGGUGAUCAAAAUGAUCUAACACAGGAUUUGGCCUCUCAAGGCAUGAGUAUUGUGUACGAACUUGGUGAUGCAUCCAUGAAGAAAGACUUGGUAAAUGCUCUUGUAGGCACCUUGACUGGUUCAGGGAAGAGAAAAAGGGCUAUCAAGCUGAUGGAGGACUCUGAAGUGCUUCAAGAGGGGGCUAUAGGCGAGAGUCUUAGUGGAGGAAAACUUAGCACAUAUAAAGAGCUCUGUAGCCUUGCUAAUGAGAUGGGGCAGCCAGAUCUAAUUUAUAAGUUUAUGGAUUUAGCUAAUUAUCAGUCGUCGCUGAAUUCCAAAAGAGGAGCCGCUUUUGGAUUUUCCAAAAUUGCAAAACAAGCUGGGGAUGCCCUUGCGCCACAUUUACGUCUGCUAGUUCCUAGACUUGUUCGCUAUCAGUAUGAUCCUGAUAAAAACGUGCAGGAUGCAAUGGGGCACAUCUGGAAGUCUCUUGUCGCAGAUCCAAAGAAAACAAUUGAUGAACAUUUAGACCUUAUUUUUGACGAUUUGUUGACACAAUGCGGGUCUAGACUUUGGCGUGCACGAGAGGCUUCAUGUCUUGCUCUUGCGGAUAUAAUCCAGGGACGCAAAUUUGACCAGGUGGGUAAGCAUUUGAAAAGAAUAUGGACGGCAGCAUUUCGUGCUAUGGAUGACAUAAAGGAAACUGUAAGAAAUUCCGGCGAUAGUUUAUGUCGUGCUGUAAGUUCACUAACAAUAAGGUUAUGUGAUGUCUCUCUCACACCGACAGCAGAUGCCAUGCAAACGAUGGACAUUGCAUUGCCGUUUAUGUUGUCUGAAGGCAUUGCUAGUAAAGUUGCAAGUAUACAGAAGGCAUCUGUAGGAAUUGUCAUGAAGUUGUCAAAGGGAGCUGGGGUUGCUCUUCGACCACAUUUGCCGGAUCUAGUUUGUUGCAUGCUAGAGAGUUUAUCCAGUUUAGAAGAUCAAAGGCUGAAUUAUGUUGAGUUGCAUGCAGCGAAUGCUGGAAUACAGACAGACAAGCUUGAGAAUUUGCGGAUAUCAGUAGCAAAAGACUCUCCCAUGUGGGAAACUCUAGAUUUAUGCCUCAAAGUUGUUGAUACCGAAUCAUUGGAUCUAUUGGUUCCGCGACUUGGCCAGAUGGUACGAUCUGGGGUCGGCCUCAAUACUAGGGUGGGCGUUGCUAGCUUUAUUAGCUUAUUGGUUCAAAAGGUUGGCAUGGAUAUGAAAGCAUAUACUGCCACGUUAGUGAGGGUCUUGUUUCCAGCUGUUCUGGAGGAAAAGAGCGGUGCUGCAAAAAGAGCUUUUGCUAGUGCUUGUGGAAUCUUAUUGAAGUACGUAGCUUCCUCCCAGGCCCAAAAGUUGAUUGAGGACACUACAGCACUGCAUACUGGUGAUCGGAAUUCUCAGAUAUCGUGUGCAGUUUUGCUGAAGAGCUAUGCAAGCCGGGCUGCAGAUGUUGUCAGCGGCUAUGGAGCCACCAUUAUUCCUGUCAAUUUUGUUGCAAGAUUUGAGGACGAUAAAGAUGUUGCUACUUUUGAGGAGCUGUGGGAAGAAAACACGAGCAGCGAAAGGGUUACCCUUGAACUCUACCUGGCUGAAAUUGUUUCGCUUAUUUGUAAGGGAAUGAUGUCAUCAUCAUGGGCAAGUAAAAAAAAGUCAGCCAAGGCAAUCAGAAAACUCAGUGAAGUUUUGGGCGAAUCCCUUUCGUCUCAUCAUCAUGCAUUGCUUUCUUCUCUUUUAAAAGAAUUACCUGGCCGCUUAUGGGAGGGAAAAGAAGCUAUUUUACAUGCAAUUGGUGCCCUUUGUACUGCAUGCCACAAGUCAAUUUCUGUUGAAGAUCCCACGGCACCAAAUGCUAUUUUAAGUGCUGUAUCCUCUGCAUGCACCAAAAAGCUCAAGACAUACAGUGAAGCAGCUUACUCGUGUUUGCAAGAGGUAAUAAAAGCCUUCAGGAACCCAGGUUUCUUUGGAAUAGUUUUUCCAUUAUUAUCUGAGGUGUGUAUUAAAGCAAGCGCCUCCAAACCUCGGCAAACAUCUUUGGGGACUGAUGCUAGUAAUGCGGCAGAAGACAAAGAAGAAGAAGUUUCUGCUCCACUUGAUAAAGUUCUAGAUUGCAUUACAUCUUGUAUCAGCGUUGCUCAUCUACCUGAUGUUCUCGAACAAACAAAGAACUUGAUCCAUGUAUUCUUAGUUGUCUUAUACCCGAAUUUGCAAUGGACAGUCAAAAUGUCAGCUUUCUCGACUAUCAAGCAGCUUUGCUCAAAAACUCGCUCGGUUGUCAGCGAUUCUCAGGACACGUCUUUACAUGCAGAAGCCACUGUUGUCAUUCAAGAGUUGUUUAACUGCAUGUCACCAAAAAUAGUGGAGUGUAUAUUCCCAGGUAUGUCUUCCAUUCCAAAUGUUACAUGUCGGCUACUCUCGUCCGUUGAUUUCACGUUGAUUUCAAAUUUUUCUGUACAUGUGGCUGCUUCAGAGUGCCUCUUAGAAGUAACCAAGUUGUAUAAAGAUGCUCAGCUUAUGCAGAGUGAAGAUGUCAGUUAUAAAAGUGAGCUCAUUCAUCUUUGUGAUGUGGAAAAGAGUGAGCAAGCGAAAUCAUUGCUAAGGAAAUGUAUUGAAAUUCUUGAAAGCCUUUGAGAAAAAAUACCUUUCAUAUAGUAUUUGGGUUGUCAAGGUUGUCUGUAAACUAUUGCUGCUUCAAUUUUAUUUGGUUGCAUGUACUUCAGCUAGUUUUAUUGA